AAAACUCGAAGGCACAUAGUGAUGCAUCCUCAAUAAGUGAUGCUAGUUCAGCUAUUUCUAGUGACUCUGAUGUCGCAGCCAAGAUUGAUUUUGCAGAGGUUUCAAGACAUAACGAGAAGAAGAAAGUGGAAAUGACACUUUUGGAUCUCUAUUGUGGCUGUGGUGCAAUGUCAACAGGCCUUUGCCUAGGUGCCAACAUGGGUGGUGUUAAUCUCGUUACUAAAUGGGCAGUUGAUCAGAAUUCAAAUGCAUGUGAAAGCCUCAGAUCCAAUCAUCCCGAGACUGAGGUGCGGAAUGAAAAUGCAGAAGAUUUUCUGGCUCUUUUAAAAGAGUGGAAGAAACUCUGCGACUUGUUCCCCUUGACAGAUAAUGAGUCUUCAAAACAAGACGAUGAUGACUGUCCAAAUGAACAAAGUGAUGAUGAUGAUGGAUCUGAUGAUUCCGAAGUAUUUGAAGUUGAAAAAAUUCUAGCAAUUUGUUAUGGGAAACCAAAAGGGAGUAAGAAGAGGGGACUUCAUUUUAAGAUCCACUGGAAGGGCUAUGGGUCAGAUGAAGACACUUGGGAACCUCAAGAUGGUUUGGGUACUUGCAAGGAUGCGAUGAAAAAGUUUGUAAUUAAUGGGUACCGCUUCAAGAUUUUACCUUUACCUGGUGAUGUUGAUGUGAUUUGCGGAGGUCCCCCAUGUCAGGGAAUAAGUGGAUUUAAUCGUUUUAGGAACAAAAACGAUCCCUUACAAGACCUGAAGAAUAAGCAACUUACUGUUUUCAUGGACUUUGUAAAAUACUUGAAACCAAGAUUUAUCUUGAUGGAAAAUGUAGUUGACAUGUUAAAGUUCGCUGGUGGAUUUCUUGGACGAUACUCUUUAGGAUGUCUUGUUGGCAUGAAAUAUCAAGCACGAUUAGGUAUUAUGGCAGCUGGUGCUUAUGGACUGCCCCAAUUUCGAAUGCGGGUCUUCUUGUGGGGUGCUCAUUCUUCAGAGAAAUUGCCUCAGUACCCCUUACCGACACACAAUGUUGUUUUGAGGGGAUGUGGUCCAACUGAAUUUGAGGGGAAUGUUGUUGCUUAUGAAGAAGGUCGACGCGCUGAUCUCAAAAAGGAACUUUUGCUCAAAGACGCUAUUUCUGAUCUCCCACCUGUUGAGAAUGAAGAAGCGAGGGAUCAAAUGCCAUAUCAGAGUGAAGCUAUGACGGAAUUUCAGCAAUUUAUUAGAUUGGGGAAAGAUGAACUUUUGAGUUGUUCGGCAGCACGGUCUGAACCAUUGAACUGCUUUCUCUUUGAUCACCGUCCUCUUCGAUUGAAUGUUGAUGAUUAUCAGCGUGUCCGUCAAAUUCCAAAGAGAAAGGGUGCAAACUUCAGGGAUUUGAAAGGUGUUAGGGUUUGUGUUGAUAAUAAUAAAGUUGAAUGGGACCCUGAUGUUGAAAGGGUGUAUCUAGCUUCAGGAAAGCCUUUGGUCCCUAAUUAUGCAAUGACUUUUGUCGGUGGGACAUCAUCUAAACCAUUUGGCCGGUUAUGGUGGGAUGAGACGGUGCCGACGGUUGUUACAAGGGCAGAACCUCACAAUCAGGUUAUAUUGCAUCCGGAACAAGAUAGGGUUCUCACAGUGCGUGAAAAUGCUAGACUACAGGGUUUUCCAGACUACUACAAGCUAUUUGGCACUAUCAAAGAAAGGUACAUUCAAGUAGGGAAUGCGGUCGCAGUUCCUGUUUCUCGGGCAUUGGGAUAUGCCCUAGCUAUUGCAGCCCAGGGCUUAUCCGGGGAAGAACCUGUCUUUGCUUUGCCGGAGAAAUUUCCAAGAAUGCAAGCUGAGUUGCUUCCGGUUGUUGAGGAUUUUCUUUAGUUUCUGUAGUUCUGUAAAAACAUUGAGAUGUGAUCAAACUGGUGGUUAUUCUUGAAAUUUUCACCUUAUUCUUGGCCGUUGGGCCCUUUUUAGAAAUAUGCUUGCUGCUACUUCUCGUGGGUAUUCAUUUUAUUACUCA